AUGGAAAUGACUGCGGGUGAUGACGCCAGUGAAGGAUCGGAUUUCAAAGUGCUUGCGAAACUGAAGGAGGAGUCCGAAGGUGAGGCUGGCUGGGACAGUGCCAGUGCUUCCAUGGCAACUAGCCUAGACAGUGCGAUGCACUACUCGCAAGAAAUCGCAAGAGAGAAGAUUGGCCGAAACAGUAAACCUUCGAUGGAAGCGGCCUCGACAGAAGCGAUAUACAAUGGCCACCACGGGAUGUCCGAAGAGGAUGUGAAGACUGCGCUGGACAACAUCGACCAGAUAUUUCCCCAGAACCUUCAUCUCAGUGAAAAGAAAAGCAGCUCUGGGUUGAAGAACCCGUCAGCUGACAAGCUUGAAAGUCUCGACAGCAGCUCGAGGCUCCUCAAGGAUCGUCGAGGUCGGGUAGACAGCACUGCACGGCCUCAAGAGUUCUUUCGAGGGAAAGACUCAAAAAAGAAAAGGUUGAAUGAUGGACCAGAUCUGGGUGAACCGAAGACCGUAUCAGUGAACUUCGAGAAAUUCAAGAAACAUCAUAUUAACUGCCCUGCAUUGCGAGAGCGUUUAGACUCCGGUGCCAUUGAUGUUUCAACUGUGGAUAGAGUUCAGAGGGAGUUUGCUCGACACGAUAAGCUCUCGCAAGCUGAACUCAGCAGUCUACAUGAACUAGUUGACAGGGCACAGGAUUUUCAUAGAAACAAUGAUUUGAAGGAAGCUCAGAAGCUGUACAUGAAGGUGCUGUUGAGCGAUCCGCUUGAUUGGGAUAGUCUGUGCAACCUCGCUAAGAUUUCCUUUGGAAUGGGAGAAUAUGACAAGGCGAAAGAGCUGUUCGAAAAGGCUCUUGUGAUUCGACCAGAGAGAGACAAGACUAUGUAUUAUCUUGGCCAAGUGCUUGUUCGGAUUCAUGCAAAGGGAGGAGAUACGGACGAGCUGAAGCGUGCAAUGGUCUUGUUCGAGCAGGUUGUCAACGGUUACAAAGGAGUGAUCAAAGGCGACACAUGCGACCAAUCGACCUACCACAACGCCAUGGCGAUGCUCGGAUUGGUGCAUCAGGAAGUUGGAGAGUUGGAGAAGGCAGAGGAGCUGUACCAGCUCGUGCUGAAAGAAGUGCCCAAUCACAUCCUGACGCUGGAUCAUCGAUGCGCUCUGAAGAGCCUCCGAGGGCUCAAGGACGAGGCUGCCAAGGAUCACCUGCACGUCAUCGAGCUCGAUCCUGGACACACGAAGCGCGUCUGCCCGUACCUGGACAGCCUCUUCCCCAAAGACUCUGAGAUCCUCCACCCGAUCAACGACAUCAAGGAACGGUUCGAGAAGUUCGAUCCUUCCUUCAACGAGGGCACCAAGAAACGCUCGUGGCUCAAGUCAGCGCUACAUGGCUUCAAGAAGAAGGUCAAAAGGAUGAUCCACCACAAGAAGACUUAG